AUGAUAAGAAAACUGUUGUGCAAAAUAUUAUGGGGUAUUUUGAAUCCAGUACAACCAUUAAACCCAAAAGCAGAUAAAGUUCUUAUUCUGGGUGGAUCCGGUACUUUAUUGGGUCAGCGCUUAAUUGUUGCACUUCUUCAUUCGAAGAUCCAAAUAAUAAAUAUUGAUUUCACCAAUUUGGAUUUGGAAGAUGUUCAGGAUGACACUAAUUAUACAUAUAUGAACUAUAAUUUCCUCGAUAAUGUGGAAAAUUCCGGCGACAGCAAAUGUGGUAAAGCUUUGAAAGGCAUUUGCAAAGAUGUUACUAUCUUCAUAAAUAAUUUCCAAUAUGGAUUUGAAACAAUGUAUUGGAAAAAAGAUGAUAUCAGUUUAGGAACUGAUUUAUUCGAAUUUUGUUAUAUCAACAAUGUCCUCUCUUUUAUGAAUAUAUUGAAAAUAUUCUUGAACGAGAAGAAACACGGGUCUAAUGACUUUUGUAUCAUUAACAUUGGACCACAGUUAAAUAUAGAAGUUCCUUGGUCUGCACUUGGGUAUUUGUGUUCGAAGUCAUGUACUAAACAAAUUAUGGAUGCACUAGAAUCAGAAUUAAAGCAAGAUAAUGAACAUUUGAAGGGGAGUUGUUUACAGAUUAAUUUAACUAUAUUUGAUACUAUUGAAGAUUGGAAUAAAGAAACUUUCGACUUUUGUACAGAAAUAAUUGAAUUGUUAAAUCAUCGGGCACAUGGUGAAACUGAUCUCAGAGGAGUUCAAGAGGUAGAUUAUAGAUGUGGAAUUUUUAACUGGUCAAUUCGAGAAGCUAAAGAGGUUAUGCAAUGGUGGCUAUAG